GCAACAAAAUGACGACAAACUUUUAUUCUGCACAAGAAGAUUUCACUCGUCUUAUAUCUGCAUUACCACCGUUUGAUUUGUCAAAGUUUGUUAUAUGGUUAGAUCUGAAGAUAUCGGAGUACAAAAUAUUUGGACGUUUUGUUAGCGAACCUGAAAAGGAGAAGUCAAUAUCAGCGAUCUGUCCUCAAUACCAACAGUCUGAUUUCAUGAACAACAACCACUGUCGAACCAAAUUAAUAGCACCACAGAAGUCUCAAAACCACAAAAACAUUUGUGCAAAAAUUUUCCAUGAAGUGGCUCAACAAACAGACGAAAAUAAAACUGAAAAUGUACGGAAAUCACCAGAAGUCCGAAACAACGUUUGUGCCUCAAAAAGCAAGACGCGCUUUAUAAAUGACGAAGAUGAAAACAGUACAACGCAGAAGACUCAAAAGCAAGACACAAUUUGUGCAAAAAUAUUUCAUGAAGUUUCACAACAAACAGACGAAAAUAAAGCAGAAAAAUCGAGAAGAUCACUAGAAGUUCCGGAAGACGUUGAUAUAACUGUAGAUAGCCCCAGAUCACUACCUUUCCAAAUUAUAGAAUCAUAUGGCAACGUGAACGAGGCAGAAAUUCACGGAAGGAUAGACAAGGCUUAUGAAAGCAGUAACACUAGUGUUAAUAAUGAUGCUGAGUCUUUAAGAGGGGAAGAGAAAGAUGAUAAUCAAGGUAAAACAGAGAGCGAAAUUUAUCUAGAAGAAAGUUUUGAUGGUGAGAUGAAGGAGGUAGUUAACGUUUUAAUAGAGGUUGAAAAAACAGGACCAUUAGAACAAAAGAUUUCAAAUAAAAGACUAAGUAGUGAAAAGGGAAUCAAUCCAGACACGAUAAGCGAGCACGGGUUGGCCAAUACCACUGAACAUUCUUCUAAAAGAAAAGAGUGCCAGAAUAUCUCUGAGCAGUCUAAAUUCCAAAGAAUGGACAGAGGAAUAGACGAAAAUCACGAUAAGUAUUGCGAGAUAAAUAACACAGCAAUGGAUGAAAAUAAAGACGAGGCUGCGCAGAUAAAUUACAAAGAUGAUCUGUUAAAGGUUGGAAAUAUAGUCGCCGUAAGGCCAUAUACCAAGAGAGAUUAUAAACCUGGACGACCAUGGAUUGCUUCACUCAAGGAGAUCGGUACAAGAAAUGUUAAAGUCGUAUGGUUGAGUGGAUCAUACGAUACAAAGUGGAUUGAGGAUCCCAUAUAUUUCCCUCAUUCAAUUCCACGGAAACAAGUGGAAUGCAGCUUUGUUUACGACUAUCAGCAACCGUUACCGGAAGUUAUAAUUUCCCGGUUGAAGAAAAUAUACAAAGACUGA